AAAGUAGUUAGAUGUAAGAUAAUAGUCAUCAUGAUAAUGUCCACAUUAAGUUUUGCCAUGCACAUACUCGUGUCAUCGUAUAAAGUGUUGGCCCCAGUUGGUCAGAUAUUAGAAUACGUCUUGCCGUAUCGCAACAUGGCUGCAAAAGCAAUAUCUGGAUCUGGAAGUAUCAAUUUCAACACAAAACACUUAAAAAAAGGUGACCCUCUUCCGCCUUACAAUGGGAAAUUAAGGCUAUACAACAUGCGUUAUUGUCCGUUCGCUCAGCGAACAAUUUUGGCGCUGAACGCAAAACAAAUUGACUAUGAAGUGGUGAAUAUUAAUCUCGUUGAAAAACCGGAAUGGUUCCUACAGAAGAGUGCUUUUGGUAAGGUUCCAUCUAUAGAAAUAAAGGAAGAUGUGUGCAUCUACGAAAGUUUAAUAACAGUAGAAUACUUAGAUGAAGUGUAUCCUCAGCGGCCGUUAUUGCCUAAGGAUCCAGCGAAGAAAGCCUUUGACAAAAUAAUUGUAGAAAACACAGGAGCUAUUCAUGCCAUGUUCUUCAAAUCAAUGACUGCACCAGAUACCAUCACCGAAGCGACUAUAAAUGCUUAUCACGGGGCCUUAAAGUUUAUUGAAGAUCAAUUAAAAAGUCGUGGUACCACAUUUUUGGGUGGAGAUGAGCCAGGUUAUGCUGAUUAUAUGAUUUGGCCAUGGUUUGAAAGAGUGCAGGGCUAUAAAAAAACUGAUCAUCAAAUAAAAAUAGAUCCAAUCAAGUAUCCAAUAUUGGCACAGUACAUAGAUAAGAUGUUUAAAGAUCCAGCAGUGAGUCAGUACUUAAUACCUAAUGACAUUAUGGAGAAAUUUGUUAAUGGCUACAAACUUGGAAAUCCUAAUUAUGAGCUACUUAAUGAGAAUUAAUUAUUUUAAACUGAAAAAAAGUCACAGUCACACUAUA